GACGCCGCCGACGUCUACGUCACCACCGACGCUGAUAACCUCAACAGCAAGCCCGGCGCUGCUCCAAGUUGAACAGCGCAGCAAGUCAAGUCAGUUGGCAACGGGCUCGUCAUUUUUAGAGGCUGUGCGGGUGCAAUCCACUUGAUCGAAUCGGCGCGUAAGGAAGGCUAUGCGAUGCCCAUUAUGGUCCUCACAAAUGAGCCGCACGCGCCGAUCGACCGGAUCAAGCUGCCGAAGGGUUUCAUGACUGAUGUUGGCGCCCUCACGCGUGCACCUGCGACCAAGUAUCUGAGGCAGUUACAAGGGUUCACCGACCUGCUGCAGAAGGAAGUUUCGGUUGCCGUUGACCAGAUGUUCCGCAUCAAAAGUCUGCCGCGCGAUGCAGGCGUAUUUGCGAUCGGCAACAUCGUCACGACGCCCACGCGCGACGCACGCAAAGACAGCGACGCGUUCGACAAGCUGCCUGUCGUCUGGAGCGCGCUCGGCAGGCAACUGCGGUACGUCGGCAAAGGAAACAGCGGCAAGUUCGACGCGGUCCACCCCGCCUAG